AGGAACGUUUUUUUUUUCUGUAGACGCUCGACUUCAAAAUUUCUACAUUUUCAUCCGAUAUUCCACUAGGUCUUGCCGGUUCCUAGCAGUUUCCGUUGCAAAGAUCUGAAAUUGAAACCCUAGGAGUUCAAUCCUGCUACCAAGUGGACGGUGGCGAUGGUGAGAUGAAGCCAUUGUGUUUAUGGAAGUUGGUUAAAAAUCUGAUCUUUGUUUCGCCCAUUUGACAAUUUCGUCGAACAUCCCCUUUGGUUUUUCUAUCACCGGUUUACAUGGAUGAUGAUGGCGGAUUAGGAAUCCGGAAUUGGGGCUACUAUGAGCCACCAUCGAAGGGAAACCUUGGGCUGCGGCUUAUGUCCUCUGUGGUGGAGCGCAAUGCAAAGCCCCUUCUAUCAAAUGGGGGGUUCAUUCAUCGGCACUGCAGCUUCCCGGAGCCAUCGGUUUCAAUGGACUUCAUGAGAGACGGUUGGACUCAGCAGGGCAACGACAGCAGCAAGAGCUUCCACACUUUUCCGGUGCGCCAUCAGCAUCAUCCCAGUUACGGCGUCCUCCCUGAUCCCCCUACCGUCCACAACAUCCAGAUGCUGCAUCAUCCGGAGCCACAACCCAAGGACGACAAGGUUUUGAUGGCGGAGGACACCACUGGUAAAAAUGAGCCACCUUUGAAGAAGAGGCCCAGGGGUUGUCUGCAGAAAUCCUCGAAGCCCAAGAGGCCUAAGAAAGUCACAGCGCCAAGUGAUGAGGUUCCCAAUGGUUCAGUUUCACGAGGGAAGGCUGCAAGGAAGAGCACAGGCAUGAUCAUCAACGGGAUCGAUUUUGAUAUCUCAAGGAUUCCAACUCCGGUGUGCUCUUGUACAGGAAAGCCCCAGCCGUGCUACCGGUGGGGUGUUGGAGGGUGGCAGUCGGCAUGCUGCACCACCAACAUGUCAAUGUACCCUCUACCAAUGAGCACCAAGAGGCGGGGUGCACGCAUUGCUGGUCGAAAAAUGAGCCAGGGUGCCUUUAAGAAGGUGCUGGAGAAGCUUGCUGGAGAAGGAUAUAACCUUUCAAAUCCAAUUGACUUGAGGACAUUCUGGGCCAAGCACGGUACCAACAAGUUUGUGACAAUCAGAUAAAGGUAUAAAGUGUUGGAUGAUUUUGGCAGUCUUCAUCUUUGCUUCCCCGGUAUUAUAUUAAUCUGUGUCCUGAAAAGAUCAUUUUGAAAUAGUCCGAGUGCAAUUUUUGUAUCAUGAACUUUAACAAGGUUUCGAGGCUCAGACACUCAGCUUAUAUGGGUAUUUUGUCUUUUUCCCUUCACUGAAUUUUUUUGUUUUAAGGGAAACUGUGCUGCUUAGGACAGAUGGUCUUCUCGCCUAAUGCAUUAGAAAAAUCUGUUCACUUUGUUCUUACUCAUCAUAAUCUAUAUCCUUAGAUGAA